UUGGCUGCAAAAGAAGGUUCACCCGUCUAAUUCACUUAUUUUCCUAUAUCAUUGUUGUUUCUUUGAGAAAGAAGAAGAAGAAGACGUCAAUGGCUGACACAAGCAAAAUCUUGAUUAUUGGAGGAACUGGUUAUAUCGGAAAGUUCAUAGUGGAAGCAAGCGCAAAGGCCGGUCUGCCCACCUUUGUUUUGAUCAGGGAGAGUACAGUCUCUGAUCCUGUUAAAGGAAAAAUUGUUGAGAAUUUCAAGAACUUAGGCGUCACCUUGCUACAUGGAGAUCUUUACGACCAUGAGAGCUUGGUGAAGGCUAUUAAGCAAGCGGAUGUGGUGAUAUCGACACUCGGUGCCCUGCAACUAGCAGAUCAGACCAAGGUCAUUGCUGCUAUUAAAGAAGCUGGUAAUGUUAAGAGAUUCUUUCCUUCAGAGUUUGGGACAGAUGUGGAUCAUGUUCAUGCCGUUGAGCCAGCAAAAUCUGCAUUUGAAACAAAGGCUCAAAUUCGCCGGGCCAUUGAGGCUGAAGGGAUACCCUACACUUAUGCUGUCUGCAACUACUUUGCUUCUUUAAUGAUCCCCUUACUGCUGCGGCCUGCAGGUGACAAAGUCACCAUCUUAGGAGAUGGAAAUGUCAAAGCAAUUUUCAGCAUGGAGCAGGACAUUGCACUCUACACCAUAAAAGCUGUAGAUGAUCCAAGAACCUUGAACAAGACCCUCUUUGUUAACCCUCCUAUGAAUAUUUUAACAUACAAUGAGCUUGUUGCUCUCGAGGAGAAGAAAACUGGCAAGACCAUUGAGAAAAACUAUGUUCCAGAAGAGAAGGUUCUUCAGGACAUCCAAACGGUUCCAAUGCCAUUUAAUAUUGGUCUAGCAAUCAACCAUUGUGUGUUUAUUAAGGGUGAUCAAACCAACUUUGAGAUUGACCCAUCAUGGGGAGUCGAAGCUUCUCAGUUAUAUCCAGAUGUCAAGUACACCACCAUUGCAGAAUACUUUGAUCAGACUGCUUGAAGAUUUUGAAUCUGCUGCUUUAGUAUACAAAAAUUCAAAUGAUUGCAAAUGGUUGUAUCUGCAGAAGAGUUUUUAUGCUUCGAAUGUCAAGUUCUCUUAUCAAAUAUAACGAUGCUGCAUCUAUGCUUAAGACAGCAUGAAAGAGGGUAUAAAAGAAUUUCGAAAUCUUAUUUAGUUGUUAAUCUUCUUAUGAAUAAAACUGCAGAAUGUUUUGGCUA